CGUAGAAGAGCUGUGUCUCAGGCAACUCCUGUGAUUGCAGAAAUGCGAAACUUUCCUCGUUUGUAGCACACAACGACAAGAGAAGCCAUGCAUUAUGACUGCUUUUAAAAACAUUGUACUUUUGAACGACGUAGUCUAACUAACUCCAAAAAAGGGUUCUCUUAAUACCAAAUCCUUAAUCGCUGAAAAAUACAAGCAAGCACAAACACUCAAUCAGUCAACUAGCGUGGAAUUAUCAUUCUUUCACGAGACCCGGAAGCAGAAACAGCGGCGGGUUCUGUUUUAGGACUGUUUCAAGUGGACUCGCAAGCAAAUGAACAUCAAUGGGAAGUUACACAUCGGGAAUGGAAGAUGAGCAAAUCUCUGCAGCUAAUGCCACAACUGAUACGCGAGGCUGCGUCAGUCGUGAGGUGGGACCGGAGACGAGCGACCUGGACGCGGAGGAAAGCGGCGAGGCGCUGCCAGGUCUUACGGACAACAGUCGGAUUGAUCCCACGGACAAAGUUGGAAAUCGCGAGGUUCUGCGCGAUGAACGUCUGUUCACAAUAUAUGUCGAUGGCACCGGCGGCCCAGAGGUUAAGAGUAAAGAGACUGGGGAAGGUACUGUUAAUAAGCUGGCAGGUGUUGAAGCUUCGGAAAGGAGCGGCCAACUGGACAUUUUGCAUAGCAUCGGAGAUGGACCCCCCACGCGUGAAGCAGAAGGACGUGAAGAUCGCGAGGAGAAAACUGUACAAUUUCAUAGUUUAGAAGCGACAGAAAGUCGAGCUUACAGUAGCAAUACAAUGACAGGAGCGAGCGGAGACGGUAAACACGUCAACUGUACGGUGUACUGCAAGUGGAGCGACGCUGGUCCGGAGUUGCAGGAGAAACUGCCUGAUGAGGCGCAUAUUAAAACUGUGUCAGAAUUUGCCCUUCAUACCAAAGUAGACUUGGUCCCACUUAGUAGUUCAGUCACUCAGAACAUCGAUAGAAAUCUGACCCCUUCAACCGAGAGCGAUCACCUUGCUAUUCACGCCGGGGUGGACCUGCCCCAGUUAAAGGAAAGGGAUCAUCUUAGUCAUCAAGAAAAGAGGGACUUGCUACCCCCAAAUGAUCAGGAUCACCUUACUCAUAACAAUGGAGGGGACCUGUCGUUUUCAUGCACUGGAGAUCACGUCAUACUUCACCCGGCGUUGAGUGGAAGUGACCACUUUGCUAAUUACACAGCGGAGGACCUUUCUUCAGAAAAAGAGAGGCAUCGCUUUAGCAGUUGCUCCGGGGAGUACGUGCUCCACUUGAUACCUUACAACGGGGAGGGUUCACCACCGACAGUUUUCAGGGAUAAUCAUGCCCAGGAGAGUCUCAGGGAUCAUCAAGUCGCCAAUGACUUCAGGGUAGAACUAGCACCACAAAACGACACGGAUCGCCCCGAGCCCUUUUCAGUCUCCAGUCUCAUUGACUCCUCUGCACUGGACAACGUUUACUCCACGGAUUACAAACUAUGCAUUGUCCUGACCUGCAGGAUUUGUUUGGAGGACAAGUCCAUCAAACCUCUGUCAUGCUGCAAGAAGGCAGUGUGUGAGGAAUGCUUAAAAAGAUACCUGAGCUCACAGGUACAACUUGGUCAGGUCUCUGUUAAGUGCCCAAUUACAGAAUGCAAUGAGCACCUUGAAGAAAGCACUGUUGUGGCCCACUUGCCCAAUGAUGAAGUGCUAAAGUACAGGUACUUCCUGGAGCUCAGCAGGGUGGACUCGAGCACUAAACCUUGUCCUCAGUGCAAGCACUUCACCACCUUUAAAUCCAGAAGCACUAUUUAUACUCCUAGCAAGUCAGAGAGCAAGUUUAAGAUUCAGUGUCCAGCCUGCCAGUUUGUGUGGUGCUUUAAAUGCCACUCUCCUUGGCAUGAAGGUGUCAAUUGUAGAGAAUAUAAGAAAGGUGACAAACUGCUACGCCACUGGGCAAGUGAGAUUGAACAUGGACAGAGGAAUGCACAGAAAUGCCCUAGGUGCAAGAUUCACAUACAGAGAACGGAAGGCUGUGAUCACAUGACCUGUUCACAAUGCAACACUAAUUUCUGUUACCGCUGUGGGGAGAGAUACCGUCAGCUGCGUUUCUUCGGUGACCACACCUCAAACCUUAGUAUUUUUGGUUGUAAAUUCCGCUACCUCCCAGAGAGACCACAUCUGCGAAGAUUACUUCGUGGCUCUGUCUGUGCUGGAAAAAUCCUUGUGGCUCCUGUUGUAAUAGUGCUAGUGUUUGUGUUGGGGGCUCUAGCUCUUGGUAUAGGUCUGAUCAUCUUUCCAUUCUAUUACCUUUGUAAAAGGCAGAGGAAGCGGUCUCAGGGCAGUGGAAGAUGGUUCUGCUGAUGGACAUAAUGGCCUUAAAAGGACACAAUGAAUGUUGUACUCUAGGAAGCAAACAUCCUCCAAAACUGUCUUUGCAAUCAGCUCAUGCCAAUGAUACUAUCAUCUUUUCCUUAUUAUUGGUUCAGUUUUAUGUACCAUAUAAUAUUCAGGUUUUUGUUACAAAUGUUUUUAUUUAAUUGCAUCCCCUGUAUGUAGCUGAGUAUCAUGUACACUUCACAUUUCUUUUGUUGUUUACCAUAGAAACCUGUAUUUGAAAUGUACUGUUUCAACACUCUAUACACUUCUAUGCGUCAGCAGAGAUAACAUCAACACAAUUUAAAAGGGACAUUUUUUUAAGUAUUUAAGGGUGCACCAAAUUUUUAUCAGACCUUUAUAAUUGCCAAUGCUUUUUUUCAGUGAUGGAAUUAUGAGUCUUUUCACUUGUUAAACUAUAUAUAAUUAAACAAGGGUGCAUUCAACCCAGAUGCACAUGCAGCACAUAGUACAGAACGUUGUGUGUACAGGUAGCCUUACAUAAACUUCCCUUAUACGUUUACUGUCUUCCUUUUUAUUAAAGUUUUAUGUUCAUAUUGCCAAAAAGUGCUGGUUGUGAGCAUCUAUUGCCAGCUAAAAAAGAUGAGCUGAAAGUAAUCCCUUUCUGCUUUCAUUACUUGUUUAAAUACAAUAGUAAUUGCUGUAGAUAUCUCUUGUCAUAUUUUAACCGUCCUUCAGUAAAUUAUUUAGUUACUACCUGUUGUCUGAUAUUCAUGUGUCAUUUCAAAAUAUAGCGAAAUGCAAAAUAAACAACGUAACCAUACUGAAGUCUGCUGCUGACUUCUCAGUUUUGCCAUUUUUAAUGGCAAUGGUCAAAGUAAUAAUAUACUUAAAAUACCUGGGCUGUUCUGUGAUUUCCAAAGAGAUGGCUUCAUAUAAAGCUUUCAUGAUGAAUUAAGAAAAAUACAGUUUUCUUUUUCGUUAUCUUGGUAGAUACGAAAGCUUUCUCAUAGACACAGACUUGGGUGUUUAUUGACAAAGCCAGUAAAACAACAGAAUGUUUGUUAGUUUAACCCAUCUUCUCAUUUGAGGCCUUGAUUUUUAUUAGGUAAAAUGCUGCUGUAUUUAUUAACCUCCAAUAAACUCCUAUUUCAAAAAUAAGAAACCUUUUUCAGUCCUUUAAGGAAUCUAGAGUGUUUUACAGUAAGUUAAGAGGAUUUCGUUGAACUGUAGUAGGAGUUAAGGCAAACAUUUGUCCUCCAUACCGAUAUUAUUUCAUGAGAAUUUUCUAAAAGAAAGUUUAAGAGUGACUUUUAACAGUUCACUUUAAUGCACGUUUCCUAAAUUAGUGACAUUCUUUUCCUCAGUUUGUUUUGUGAAAUGUUAGUGUUUAAACCAAACAUGUUUAUGUAAAUGUGGGAGGCAGCACACAAGUUAAACAGCCUUAAUUGACUUGCUGGGCAGAAGAUAAUAAUGAAAAUCGAUAUCGUGAGCAUUUACAUGUGGCUUGCCACUUGGUAGUACAAUAAACCUGUAUCUGAUACAUGCAAAAGAAACUCCUUUUGGGGCAUUUUUCUAAUUCCAAAAAUAAAUUUUCAGAUACACUGUUACCUCCAAGUAGUUUUUAGUUUGCCAAUAUCAAAAAUGGAAGUCAUUCCAAUGGUGACUGACAAGCCUUAUUUCUACCAUAUUCUUCUUUAAGGAUUCCAAUACAUUUACUUUCAUUUAAAAAAAAUGAAAAAGGUCCAACAGAUGAAAAGCUGUGUGUCUUUUUCAAUAUGUUCCCUCUAUGAGAAAUAACAGUUGCACAGCAGAUGUUGUCUGCCUUGCAUGAAAGCCGGCAAGCAGGUGACAAUGAAUACAAAAACCAGAGUGCAGGAGUAGUUUAGUGGUCCAAAGUGAGUUUCUCAAUGUGAUCUGUUUCUGUCAGGUUGGUAAUAUAGGUGGCUGUGCUUCAUGACAAAGGUGCUGAAUGGCAUAUAAAACGAGCAUAAUGCAGCGCUUCUCUAGGGAAGCAUUAUUCUUCAGAGAACUAUUAAUUGUUCUGCCAGAGUACUCCACACAUUCUUCAUACACUGGAAAAAGGUACCCUGAUGUCACAAAGUCAUUCCCACCAGAUGACAUCUUAUGUGUCCUGCUGGAGAACAGCAUAUACAUUACUUUUUUGGUUACAUAUUGUCAACAAACAUCAUGUUCCAUUUUAUACUGAACUUUUUCAGAUGUGCUGCAUAUGAUAUGUGUUUUUUUGGAGGCCUUACAAUAUUAAUUUUAAAUGUCAUUAUGUCAAACACAACAUUCACAAAAAGAGAUAAGCAGAAAGGUAUACUGAUGUUUAAAAAAAAAAAAAUCUUGCCACUUUGUCAAUGUUAAAAAAAACUAUAACAUCUAUUUCAUCCAUUACUGGCAUGGAUAUAUUUUUAUGACAUAAGGAUUUUUUUAAAUUUGCAUUUAUGUCAUCAUUAGCUCAUUCCUAAGCAGAACCCUACCUUUAAAAAUCCAUUUACUGUGUAAUAUGGCUAUUACAGGAAAUGGAUAUCACUUCUCAUUAGUUUCCUGGACACUUUAUAGAGUUAGCAGUGAGAUUGCAGUCCGCCAGUCUGGUUUUCUUCCUCAAUGAUUUAGUAAGCAAUGCACUGUAGUACACUAAGGGGGGAAAAAGCAAAACAGAAACAAUACCACUAACACACUAUUGUAAAAAUCUUUCCUUUCACGAAUGGAAUUAACCUUUGUAUAUUGCUCUUCAUGACCAAUGGGCAAAAGUUUUUAGUUACUUGUUUACGUUACUUAACAAUUCUAUGUAUAUUUUGUUAGAAUGAAUGUGGCUUAAUUUCAUUUAGUCUAAAUUUAUUCUGCUUUCCUUUUACUACCAAAAGCAUAAACAAUAAAACAGAAACAAUAUUUUCAUAUUAUUUAAGAUGCUAGUACCAUAUAAUGUGUUGAGGUUCUUUAUAGUUGCUGCAUUAUCCUAUAACAGAAAGCAGUUUUUUUCACUUUUUUCCCCUUUAACUUUACUGAAAGUUACUGACUGAAGUGUGUUUGUAAACCGGAUUGACUGUGUUUACAAGUUUGGUUAGCUUCCCAGCCGAUUAUUUCUUUUCAUAAGGCUUUCCAAAUUAACCAACAUCAGUCAGUUUAAACCUACCAUUCCACAUAAAGAAAAAAAAAUCAUGAAACUGGAAUUUAAGUUAAUCCAGUGUUUUAAGAAGGUUAUCUAUCUGAAGCAUUCAGUAUAUUAUAAAAUUUGCAUUAUCUAUUUUGGCAUAAAACUUUUAUUUUGUGUAGAAUUUAUUUUGAUGCCUUCAGGAUAUGUUUUAUGAUAUUAAAAUGUUGAAAUUAAUAUAAGUAUGUGUUUGAGAGUGUAAAGGGUAACAUUGAGCCCAAGGAUAUAACGCCCUGGUUUCAGAUUUCAUGUCAUGUUAUUGUAUGUAUGGAUUUUGCACAUGUCUCCCCAUGUCUGCCUAGGUUUUUUUUCUCACAUGCAUAAAAACAUUCUUUUUGAGUGUAUGCAUGAAUGGGUCAUGCCAUGGACUGGCUCCCCGUGUUAGUUUCUUGUAUGACACAGGGCGGCUGGGAUAUGGCAUGGCUUACAUGCUUCUGUAUUUUAAUAAAUACCAGUAGUCUGUUGUAGCAGUGCAUUUAUCUUUUGAACUUUGCUUCAAGAGCAAACAUCAACUACUCUUCAGCAGUGAAUGUAUUUAAGAAAUUACACUACAAGAAGACAAAAAUGCAUGGAGUGCCUAUUUGUUGCUUUUCUUUUAGGCUAAAUAAACAUAAUUGGGGCCUUUUCUGAAAAUGCAGUGAUAAUAUUCAGGUGGGGUGGCGCAGUGGUAGCGCUGUCGUCUCACAGUUUGCUUCCCAGGUCCUCCCUGCGUGGAGUUUGCAUGUCCU